CGACUUCACUCAUUGUGAACCUCCAGUGAAAAUUCCCUGGUGGAAGACUACGGAGGGAAACCUCACCAAGUACCAAGUGCCAAAAAGGUAAAUGAGUGAUGUCCAUCUUUUGCUGUUUUCUCAUUAUUUACCUCAGUGCCAUUCCGGCCUCAACAAGGAUUGACAAUGCCAUGUUGAUGCUUCCCUCCAACCCAGGGGGACAUAGUCAUGGGUUCCCCCCUGGCAGUGCCCCAAAUACUCAGCCUCUGGCAGGACGGAUGAAUGUGAGGAUGAGGGAUUUCCAUCCUUUCACAGUUGAAGCUGACUUGUUCAGAAACCGGCCCGUCCAUUCCACUCGAGUGCGGUUUCACAGUCAACACCUUGGUGAACUUUCAGCCAGUGAUACCAGAGCCUGGCAGCCCCCCAUCAAGCCGAGUCACCGCCUGAAGCGUCGUGACGCCAGUGUGCGACACCAGGGCCAGUUUUCAGUCUGUGAUAAGAAGCACCACUGGAUCCUGGAUAAGAAAGUGGCCCUGGACAUUCGGGGCCGAGAGGUGAGUGUGCUGUCACACUUCUACCUGAAUGGGACGCUGGUACGACAGAUGUUUUACGAGACUACGUGCAAGAAGAGGAAGCCCACCAGGCAAGGAUGUCGAGGAAUUGACAGCCGUCACUGGAAUUCUCACUGCGACACCACCGACAGCCACGUCCAUGCAUUGGUGCUGGACAACAAUCUCAUCAGGUGGAAUUUCAUUCGGAUCAGGACUGCCUGUGUCUGCGUUCUCACCAGGAAAACAUGGAAACCAUGACACAGUAGCGCCCGAGUCCACCCUACCUCAGUGUAAAUUA